AUGGGUGUGACUUGGAACGCGGAUGCCGAUGCCGACCUUUUCAAGGCCGUGCUCGCUUUCUCGCCGCCUUUGACCCAGAUGCCAGCCGCAGACCGCGAUGGUAUCGUCGCGUUCAUGCACAGUCGCGGCCACACUGACGCGACUUGGGAUGGUAUCCGAAUGGGUCCCAAGAACAACCGUUCUCCCCAGAACUGGGAUGAGCCUGCUCUGGUCAAGGACCUGCUCGCUGCGGCCGUCAAUCACCUCAACCCGUCGAAGCAGGACAUACUGCAGAUUGCCACCAAAGCGAAAGUCAUGGGGGACUGGCAGUUCACUGAAGGUGCAUGCUACCCUUCCAAGGGACCUCCCUUCAAGUGGGACUCCGCUGCAGAGCGUGAUCUCUUCGCCGCUUGCCUGAUUGCAGCAGAUGAGCCGAAAGGCGCCACCUUAGCCAAGGCUAUGGAAAUUCUCAAGGAGAACUUUGGAGAGCGGUUCACUCAGAAGGCUGCUUCUCACAGAAUUCAGCAUCUACAGAAGCUCAAGCGGAAGGAGGGGGCCACAACCCCCAAGAAGACCGCUACGCCAGGCAAGAAGCGCGGAAAGGCCACAGCCGAGGAUGAAGACGAGACUCCAAAGAAGAAGCAGCGCAAGACAGCCACCAGCGAGCCUUCCGAGCAGGAUGACGAGGAGGAUUUUGAUAUGCAGGUCAAAUCCGAGCAUGACAAGGAGCAGGGCGACAUCUAA